AACAAGCUAGGCACAGUGUCAGGGCGUUUCCGUAAUCUCAUAACUGGACUCAGUUUCAAACUCCUCACACCAAUAAAAACCAAAUCCACUCACAUUUCGUAAACCCUGUUGCAAUUCGAGAAUCCCAAAUCAUUUUCCCAAACGCACUUUUCCCCGCCAUUCACUUCCCCAAUUUUCUUCCCAAUCUAUCCCUCUAGGGCUCACUCUCCACCUUCCACCGCUUCACCUGAACCCUAAUUCCCCUUCAAUUCUUCACUUCAUGCUCUUCCCGUGACCAAUCAUGAAUUUUCCACCUCCUUCCGGCGCCAACGCCGCCGCCGCGAUGCCGUCCUCCGGCAUCCGCGGCAUAAGCUUGUCCAACACUGUCCACUCCGAAGUCGCCUCCUGCUUGCCGCUGCCGUCGCUUCCGGUCUUCUGCGGCGCAUCCGAUCAGGACCUCCGACUCUUCGACGCGCCGAUGACGUUCAACCGCCGCGACGUCCUCGCUCAGUCCAGCAAGAUCGCCGAGCUUCUCCAGCACACCGAUGUGUCGUAUUUGAAUUUAAGAGAUGAUGCUAAGGGUGUUCGGCAUAACUAUGGUGAGCCUUUAGAGCUCCAUGAUGAAGUUCUCAGGUGCAAUCCUGAAGCAUUUGAAUGCAGUGCUGCAGGUCCUUUCAAGGAGCAGUUCUCUGGCGGGGCAUUAAUUGAAAAAAAGCCUGUUGAAUCAAAUUGUUCUGUCCCGAGUCAGACUCACAAAGACUACAAUGCAACCCAAAGCCGUCAGCUCGAUAGUUUUUCGACAAAUGACAUAUCUAUGUUGUGUUCUAAAAAAUCUAAAGUCAAGAAGAAAGGGGGUGAUGGAGCAUCUGUUGCACUCGAUCCUGCUGAGCUUCCAGAUGCCAGCAUUGGAAGGUUUCAUGAAUAUUUGGAGGACUUAUGUAGCAAAGCCGAAUUUAAUAGUGACGAUCGAGAUGAAGCAGAAUGGUUACCGUUGCCUCUUUCAGAUCUUAGAUUGCUUGUUAAUGAAAUAGUGUCUAUACGUGAGAAGAAACUUCUUCACUUGGUUCCUGUAGAAAUACUUGUUAGAUUACUAAAAGUUCUAGAUCAUCAGAUACAUAGAGCAGAAGGCCUGUCAAUUGUGGAUUGUGAUAAUUCCAAUUCAGAACUAGUUUCUUCUCUUUUAAUUGCGUUGGAGUCCAUUCAUGCUGCCCUGGCAGUGAUGUCCCAUGCUGAGAUGCCGAAGCAACUUUAUAAAGAAGAGGUUAUUGAGAGAAUUCUGGAGUUCUCCAGGCAUCAGAUAAUGGAUGUGAUGUGUGCAUGUGAUCCAUCGUACCGUGCAUUACAUAGGCCUAAUGAAAACACUGCAUUUGAAGUUGAUGAUUUUGAUGAGGAUGAUGCUGAAUUUGGUUCAGCAAGCAAAAAGCGGCGCCCUAGCAAGUCUUUGAAGUUGAAGAAACCAGCAUCAAGCAGGGUCUCUACUGCUGUGAAUACCAUUCUUCAGAAGUUGUGUACUAUUCUCGGACUACUCAAGGAUUUGUUGUUAAUAGAAAGGUUAUCAGAUAGUUGCAUUUUACAACUUGUAAGAACAAGCAUCACAACAUUUUUAGUUGAUAACAUCCAGCUUUUGCAGUUGAAGACAAUUGGUUUAGUCAGUGCGAUAUUCUAUUUGUACACACAACAUCGCACUUAUGUGAUAGAUGAAAUGAUUCAGCUUCUUUUGAAAUUACCGCAUUCAAAGCGAGCUUUAAGAACAUAUUACAUACGUGAUGAAGAGCAAAAGCAGAUCCAGAUGGUUACUGCUUUGUUGAUUCAGUUAAUUCAAUGCAGUGCGAACAUUCCUGAUGCUUUAAGACAAGCAUCAAGUGGUAAUGCUGUAUUAGAAGUCUCAGUCGAUGCUAAUUAUCCAACUAAAUGUCUUGAGGCAGCAACAGAAGCCGGUUGUUUAUUUUGGAGCCGUGUACUUCAGCGUUUUGCCAGUGUAAAGACUCAAGAUGCUUCUGAGCUGAAAUCCAUAAUGGAGAAUCUUGUUACAGAUUUGCUGACAACUCUGAAUUUACCUGAAUAUCCUGCUUCAGCUCCUUUUCUAGAGGUUCUCUGUGUCCUACUACUUCAGAAUGCUGGGCUCAAAUCCAAGGAUAUCUCUGCACGUUCCAUGGCAAUUGAUAUUCUUGGUACAAUUGCUGCAAGGUUGAAGCGCGAUGCUAUGAUUUGUAGUCAAGAGAAGUUCUGGAUAUUUCAGGGUUUACUUAGUCAGGAUGCUGAUUCUCAGCAUUAUCCAAAGGAUACCUGUUGUGUCUGUUUGGGUGGAAGGGCAGAAAAUUUGUACACAUGUCACGACUGCCAGAGACUUUUUCAUGCUGAUUGCCUAGACAUUAAAGAGCAUGAUGUUUCCAACCAGAACUGGUACUGUCACACAUGCAUCUGCUCUAAGCAACUGCUUGUAUUACAAUCAUAUUGCACCUCCCAGCGCAAGGAUGGUGUAAAAAAGAAUCACAAUUCGUCAACAGAUGAUUCUGAAGUUCCUAUGCAUGAAGUUGUUCAACAGUUGCUUUUGAAUUACCUUCAAGAUGUCGCCUCUGCUGAUGAACUGCAUCUUUUUAGUUGCUGGUUUUAUCUAUGCAUGUGGUAUAAAGACGAACCAAAAUUUCAGCAGAAUUCUGUUUACUACAUUGCUAGAAUGAAAUCAAGAAUCAUAGUGCGGGAUUCUGGUACUGUGUCUUCUAAGUUGACAAGGGAUUUAAUCAAGAAAAUUACUUUAGCUUUAGGCCAAAACAGUUCAUUUUGUCGAGGGUUUGAUACAAUUCUUCACUUGCUUCUGGCAAGUUUGAGGGAGAACUCUCCAGUUAUUAGGGCUAAGGCUUUACGAGCAGUUAGUAUCAUUGUAGAGGCUGAUCCAGAGGUACUGGGGGAUAAGCGGGUCCAGUUAGCAGUUGAAGGCAGAUUUUGUGACUCUGCAAUUUCUGUUAGAGAAGCAGCUUUGGAACUUGUUGGCAGGCAUAUUGCUUCGCAUCCAGAUGUUGGUUUUAAGUAUUUUGAGAAGAUUGCAGAGAGAAUCAAAGAUACUGGGUUGAGUGUUCGGAAACGAGCUAUAAAAAUUAUUCGAGAUAUGUGUACUUCAAAUGCCAAUUUCUCUGGGUUUACCAGAGCUUGCACAGAGAUAAUGUCACGUAUUAGUGAUGAUGAAUCGAGCGUCCAGGAUCUGGUUUGCAAAACUUUUUAUGAGUUCUGGUUUGAGGAACCUUCUGCUUCAGAAACUCAGGUCUUUGGUGAUGGUAGUACUGUUUCACUUGAGGUAGCUAAGAAAACAGAGCAAAUUGUUGAAAUGUCAAGGGGGGGAAUGCCCAAUCAACAACUUGUAACCGUCAAUCCACUUCUUGUAACUGUAAUAAAGCGCAACUUGACACUUGAUUUUUUACCACAAUCUGCAAAAGCCAUUGGGGUCAACCCAGUGUCUCUUGCAACAGUGCGUAAGCGAUGUGAGUUGAUGUGCAAAUGCUUGCUGGAGAAAAUGUUACAGGUUGAGGAAAUGAACAGUAAUGAAGUGGCUGUAGGAGCACUUCCAUAUGUGCUAGUCUUGCAUGCAUUUUGUCUUGUGGACCCAACUCUCUGCGCACCAGCUUCUAACCCUUCCCAAUUUGUUGUUACAUUGCAGCCAUAUCUGAAGACCCAGGUUGACAAGCGUGAGGCUGCGCAAUUACUUGAGAGUAUAAUAUUUAUAAUUGAUGCUGUAUUGCCCUUGCUUCGGAAGUUACCCCCGUGUAUUGUGGAAGAACUUCAGCUAGAUUUGAAACAGAUGAUUAUCCGGAAUUCUUUCUUGACAGUUGUCCAUGCUUGCAUCAAGUGCCUCUGCUCUGUGAGUAAGAUGGCAGGAAAAGGGGCUGCUGUAGUUGAGCAUCUUAUUCAAGUCUUCUUCAAAUAUUUGGAUAAAGAGGCAGUUGAUAGUAAACAGCUUGUCGGACGAUCUCUGUUUUGUAUUGGUUUGCUUGUUCGCUAUGGCAACUGUUUGUUAGCAAGCUCCAGUAAUCAACAUAGUGACGUCAAAAGGAGCCUCAACUUGUGUAUGAAGUAUCUUGUUGUGGAGGAUUUAGGUCUUAAGGCUAGAUCAUUGCAGGCCCUAGGGUUCGUUCUAAUAGCAAGGCCUGAAUAUAUGUUGGAAAAAGAUAUUGGAAAGAUACUGGAGCGAUCAUUAUCUUCUACUGCUGAUACUUGCCUUAAGAUUCAAGCAUUGCAAACCAUGUUCGAGUAUCUUCUUGAUGCUGAAAGCCAAAUGACAACAGAUAAAACUGAUGGUAAUGUAGCUGAUUACUCAGUUGGAGCUGGGCAGAGUGUUCCUGUUGCUGCUGGUGCUGGGGAUACAAACAUGUGCGGGGGUAUAGUUCAGUUGUACUGGGAUAAUAUUUUGGGCACAUGUUUGGAUUUCAGUGAACCUGUUCGCCAAUCAGCCUUGAAGAUUGUCGAAGUUGUGCUGCGCCAAGGUCUUGUUCAUCCCAUCACCUGUGUGCCACACCUUAUAGCACUAGAAACAGAUCCUCUGGAGUCAAAUUCCAAGUUGGCUCAUCAUCUCUUAAUGAAUAUGAAUGAGAAGUACCCUGCGUUUUUUGAAACCCGCUUGGGCGAUGGACUUCAAAUGUCAUUUAUGUUCAUCCAAUCCAUUUGCGGUAGUUCUGAAAAUGUUAACCAUAAAAACCAAUCUCGGAUCCCUGUUUCUGGGAAGGGCAAACCUGAGGCUGGCUCACUCACUCAAGCAAGAGUUGGGGUUUCUCGAAUAUACAAGCUCAUCCGGGGUAACCGGAUAUCAAGGAACAAAUUUAUGUCCUCAAUUGUGCGAAAAUUUGAUAAUCCUAGAUGGAACAAAUUAGUAAUACCUUUCUUAAGAUAUUGCACAGAGGUUCUUGCCUUGCUGCCAUUCACUUCACCUGAUGAGCCACUUUAUUUAAUCUAUGCUAUCAAUCGAGUAGUUCAGCUGAGGGCUGGGCCAUUAGAGGCGAACUUUAAAUCCUGGAAUUCAAGCUUGUUACGAAGUGAGGGUCAUAGUACACCUUAUGAAAAUGGAACAUGUCGAUGGGGGCCAGAUGAGCCUAUUCUUGCAACCCCAGUGAUGUCAAUGGACUUGAAUGAAACAUUUCAGCAAAAUCUACAUGCUCAGCCUAUUUUUGAUGACAUGAAAUCAGUGGAUUUAAAUAGAACUAAUCACCAAUUGCCAGAUCAUCCUUUAUCACAUAAUGGGAACUUGGAAGCUAAGCCGCAAGCUGCAAGCUUCAUGGAUUCUUGUACCUUCUCCAAAGAUGAUACGGAGGAAGUUCAGGCUGGCUGUUUAUCCGCCAUUGCAUUGCAACUUCUUUUAAAGCUAAAGAGACAUCUAAAAAUCAUGUAUAGUCUGGAUGAUGCCCGAUGUCAGGCUUAUUCUCCAAGUGAACCACCAAAACCUGGAGAAGUUUUGUCUAAACAGAGUAUUGCGUUGAAUAUCAGUGAAUAUCAGUUUAGUUUGCCUACAACUCCGCAAGAAUUAACACAAAGAUACCAGGAAUUUAAGAAUGCAUUGAAGGAAGACACAAUGGAUUAUUCGCUUUACACUGCAAAUAUAAGACGGAAGCGACCCUCAAUUACGCCCAGAAAAGUUCGGAAAUCUGUACACACAGCUCGUGGUGGUUUCGAGGAAGAAGAAGAUGAUGAUGCGGAUUGGGCUGGUGGCAUGCGCCAGAUAAAUGUUAGUGGGCGCAGGGCUAACCUUAGAAGCUCUAGACAACAUUGAUUGAUGUAAGUACGUGGUAGAUAGACUAACAACUUGUACAUUAAAUAGGAAAAAAAGGAAAAUACAGAAUAGGAUGAAAGCCAAUAGAAUAGGGGUUUUAAGGAAACAGAAUACAGGAAAGCACGGGCCUGGAAUAUUUCUUGCCUUAGUUGACUGUAUAUUUUGUCUGUUUCCGUUUGUAAUUUCGAAUUGCGUUAUAGUGGCUGCAUUCUUUUGUUGACCGAAAAUCAGCGUACCCAGCCAAAUAUCAAAUUUGAUUAUUUUCUUUUGGUGUUGUUCCA